AUGGAUGCGGCCGGCCCGCCUUCGGCGGCCUGGCGCGCGCCGCUCGAGGAGCUGUGCUUCUUCCUCUACGAGGCCUACCCGGCGACGGCCGCCGCGGCGCGCGACGCCCACCCCGACGCGCGGCGCACGCUGCGCGCCUGGUGGGCGCAGCUCGACGCCCGCGCGCAAGCGGCGACCCUGCGCUGCGACGACGCGGGCGUCGCGGCCGUGCUCCGCUGCGCCGCGUCUUGGCGGCGGCCGGCCCUCGCGCGCUUCGCCGUCGGCGCGCCCGCGGACGCGGCGCGGCCGCGGAAGGGCCGGCGGCCGCGGCCGGCGGAACGGUACGCCGUCGCGCCGCUCCCUUCGCCGCGCGCCGCGGACUGCGACGACGCGCCCCGCGCCGCCGCGUCGGCGCGCCUCGCGGCCCUCGCGCGGGUGCGCUACGCGCCCGGCGACGACGGCCUCGACGAGCGCGGCGGCGACGACGACGACGCUCCGGACCGCCGCGCGGCGUCGCCGCGCGGCGAGGUCGCCGUCGAGGUCGCGGCCGCGCCGGACCUCGUCGACCUCGUGGUGGCCGUGUCGCGGGGCCGCGCCUUCGGCGUGCCCGUCGCCGCGAAGACGUCGGCGGACGGCUGGUGCCAGACGCGGUGGUUCAAAGCGGCCGUCGACGCCUCCGGCGGCGCGACGGUCGGCGAGCUCGUGGCCAAUUUGGUCGAGGCGCGGCUCUGGUGCGGCUUCUGGGCCGCGGCGGGCCGCGCGCCGCCGGCGCCGGCCCCGGCGGUCGACGACCUCGAUGGCUGGUGGCGCUCGCUCGCGCCGGGGCCCCGCGCGGCCGCGGCGUCGCGCGCGUUCCGAGGAGCCGCGGUCGCGUGCGUCGCGCGGCCCCGGGACGGGACCUUCGCGAGCCUGCGGCGCGCCCUCGAGGGGCUCGCGGCGGCGUCCGCGGGCGCGUCCGAGGGCGCGGAUGCGCCGUCGGCGCUCCUCGCCGCGGGGCUCGCGGCGUCGACCGCCGAGGUCCAUUUCCGCCGGAGGCUCCGCCUCGAGCUCGCGGAGGCGCGGAGCGCCGCCGCCGCCGUGUCGCUCGCCGCCGAGGCCGACCGCGCGCCGGCCGCCGCCGGCGCGCCGCGGAAGCCGAAGAAGAAGACGCGGCGUCGGAAGCGGCCCGCGGCGCGCGCCGCCGAGGCGCCGCGGUCCGCGUCGUCGGACGCGGCGUCGGACGCGCCGCCGCCGGCCGCCGCGCCGCGGCCCGCGCCGGAGCACGCGUCGUCCGACGAGUCGUCGUCGCUCGACGCGCCGCCGCCGCAGACCGCGCCGCGGCCCGCGCGCGGCGCCGCGCGGUCGUCGAGCGACCCGCCGCCGCCCGAGCCGCGCGCGCCCCGGUCGCUGUCGCCGCCGCCGCGGCGGGCGCCGCGGCGCGCCGCCGACGCGCCGCCCGCGCCGCGCACGGCGCGCGUCGCGCGCCGGAGCCCGCCGCCGCCGCGCCGCGCGUCGCCCGACCGCGCGCCGCCGCCGCGGCCGAAGCCGGACGCGGCGCGGCCCGAGGCCGCGGCCGCCGAGCGGCCCCGGGGCCUGAGCUGCGACGAGUGCGCCGCGCCGCCGCCGCGGCUCCCCGCGGCCGUCGGCGAGCCCGCGGGCUCCGCGCGGCCCGCGAGCAGCCCGUCGCGCGACGGCCAGCCGCGGAAGCCCGCGUCCUACUCCGAGGCGCUCCUCGGCGCGGCGCCCAAGGACGACGCGCUGGAGCGCGAGGCCGGCGCCGUCGACCUCCUGGGCGCGGCGAACGCGGCGCUCCGCGACGAGAACCUGCGGCUGCAGGCCGAGGUCAUGCGGCUCUGCAAUGAGGUCGCCAUGUACAAGGGCGCGACGCCGUCGCUGCUGGGCGCGCCGGGCCAGCUCCACGCGCACCUCGGCGCGGGGCCCGCGCGCCGCGCGCACCGCCACAGCCACCACGGCCACGGCCUCUUCCCGAGCUUCGACUACUUUGCUGGCGGCGACGCGAAAUCCGACGACGGCGCGGCGACGGCGCCGUCCCUCGAGCCCUACCCGGCCUGGCCCACGGUCGUCGAGGCCGCGCCCCUGCGGGCCGUCGUGGAGCACGGCUACCGCGCGCCGAGCUACGGGCGGGCGCAAGCACAGUCGCAGUCGACGCACCGCGCGCACAGCUGGUGGUCCGGGCCGGCGACGCAGGCCGUGCCGCGGUCCUUCGACGGGUCCGGCUUCGACGGCGAGACGCGGUCCGGGUCCGUGCGGUCGUCGCUGCUCAAGGGACACGCGCCGGAGCCCGAGGUCGCCGAGGAGUCGUCGAGCGCGGAGUCGAGCCGGUCCGGCGGGGAACUCGACGACGUCCACUCGACGCUCACGCGCGGCGGCGAGGCGCCCGAGGGGUCCCUGCGCCAGUCGUCCGUGGGCGACGGCGACGAGCUCGAGGGCGAGGAGUUGUUAAAGCGCGGCGGGCGGCGGCGGCGACCGGCGGCGGCGGUCGCGGACGACCGCGCGCUCGCGCACGAGCGCGCGCUCGCGGUCGCGUCGCGCGGGUCCCAGAGCCGCCUCGCCGACGACGUGCGCGCCUUCGCGGAGAAGGUGUCGCGGGAGCAGCGCGCGCGCGACUUCGCGUGGCGCUGCGCGCGGGAGAAGGUGCGCGGCGCGGUGCGGUCGCUCUGGCCCCGCGCGCGCGUCGAGCCCUACGGGUCCUGCGUGACGCGGCUGUCGCUCGCGGGCGUGUCGGAUUUGGACUUGGUGAUCCGCCUGCCGCGGGUCCGCGUGGCGACGCCGGCGAUGACGCCGGGCGACCUGGAGGGCCGCAACGCGAUCAAGGAGACGUGGCCCCAGGAGCUGGCGCGGAGGCUCCGGUCCGAGCCCUGGGUCGCGGCCAUGUCCGUGCGCGUCGUCGCGUCGGCGCGCGUGCCCGUCGUGAAGCUCGCGACGGUGCCCCUCGGCGACGUGCGGGAAGCGGUGCGGCUGGACGUGUCCUUCGAGGGGCCGUGGCACCGCGGGCUCGACGCGAACCGGCUCGUGGGCCGCGUGCUCGGCCAGCACCCGCACGCGCGGCAGAUCUUGCUGGUGUUGAAGCAGCACGCGGCGGACCGGGGUUUAUGUGCGUCCUACACGGGCGGGCUGUCGAGCUACGCGCUGACGCUGCUCGUCGCGCGGUUCCUCUCGGAGCAGCCGCGGCGCGGCGUCGACGCCGGCGCGCUGCUCCUGGGCUUCUUCGACUUUUACGCGCACAAGUUCGACGCGGCGACGACGUCCGUGGGGCGCCACUCCUACUUUGCGCGCGCGGAGCUCGGCGCGUUCAACGGCACCGUCGUCGCGACGCACGACGGGCCCCGCGGCGGCGGCCGCGCGUUCCGCUUCGACCCCCUCUACGUCGAGGACCCGCUGUCGCCGGGCAACAACGUCGGCCGCAACUGCUUCCGCAUCGCGCAGAUCCAGCGCGCCGCCGCCGUCAACGCGCGGCUCGAGAAGCGCUUCGCGGCGCUCGGCCGCCGCGUCGGCGCCUACCCCUGGGCCUUCAUCGCCUGCUCCGUCAGUGUCGCGCUCGUCGCCGGCAGCGGCAUCGCGAAGAUGGAGACGGAGAGCGACUACUUCGCGCUCUGGUACCCGCGCAAGUCGCAGGCCUGGACCGACUGGAAGUACCAGAAACAGCGCUUCGGUCCGGAGAAGCGGGUGCAGUCGCUCGUCGCCGAGGCCAGGGCCGGCUCGAUCUUCGACAAGGCCGCGCUGCUGGACGUGCUGCGCCUGCACCACAGCAUCACGAACGGCACGAGGUGGGCCGCUGUCUGCGAGCGCGCCUGGGCCGGCGGGCCCUGCAAGGCGCGGUCGCUGCUGCACGCCUGGGGCGACGACGCGGCGCGGCUCCGCGCCGACGAAGACAUUCUGGGCACGCUGAGCGCCGCGCCCCUCUACGACGAGAUUCUAGAGGAGUACAUGUCGCUCGACGCGCUCGCGGCGAAAACCCGAUUCGACGGCGCGCGCGCGCUCUCGGCGACGGCCGUGCAGAUCGUCUACUACGUCGACGACAGCCUCAACAGCGAGGACGCGUCGCGGGCCACGCUCGACUUCGAGGAGCACUUCAUCGACGCGUGCUGGGACGACUUUGAAAGCGAGUUGGUCGACGCGUACUGCGUCGCGUCGAGCUCGUACAAGCAGCUCAGCGACGGCGAGAUCGACAAGAACUCCAUCUUCGUGAGCUCGGCCAUGGGCGUCAUGGUCGUCUACGUGACGUGUCUGCUUUUUCGUUUUGACGCCGUGCGGUCGCGCGCGCUCCUCGGAGGGACGAUCGUGCUCACCGUCGGCCUCGCGCUCCUCUUCGCGCUGGGCGUCUGCGGCUGGGUCGGCGUGCCCUUCUCCGUGCUGAGCUUCCUGUCGCUCUUCAUCAUUCUAGGCGUGGGCAUCGACGACAUGAUCAUCGUCGUCGACGCGCGAGUCGUACGGGGCCAAAUUUUCCCGGAGAACGACGACGACCGCGCGCGUCGUAGGCUCGACCGCGCGAAGCGGCGGAUCCCCCGGGGGCGCGCCGGGCGGGUCCCGGCGCUCGUGUCGGCGGCCCUGGGCGACAGCGGCUGCUCCAUCCUGCUGACGAGCCUCACGGACUUUGUCGCGUUCCUCGCUGUGUUCCUCGUCGGCUCCGCGAUCGACCUGCCGGCCGCGAGCUACUUCUGCAGCGCGUUCUUCCGGGUCCUCACGGCGGCGCUCGCGGUCGUCGGCGUCUUCGCGAUCCAGGUCACGUUCUUCGCGGCGUGCCUGGCCCUGCACGAGCGCCGCGUCGAGGCGAACCGCUACGAGCUCGCGCCCUGCUUCCGGCGCGCCGCCGCCGAGGAGGACGCCGAGGACGGCGCCAAGGUCGCCGCCGAGGACGCGGUCGCCGAGGACGCGGUCGCCGAGGACAAGGCGGUCGCGGUCGCCCGGGACGGCGGCGACGGCGGCGUCGAGCUCGGCAAGGCGCCGCCGUCCGGAGCCUUGCCCGCCGCCGCCGACGACGACGACGCGCCCUGGCUGACGGCGCGGCUCACGGCGCUCAUGCGGUCCCUCGGCGCGUGGCUCACGGCGUCGCCCGCGCGGCCGCGCGCCGUCGCGUGCGCGUUCUUCCUCCUCGCCGCGGGCGCCGCGGCGGCCGCGGGCACGGCCCUGCGCGUCGGCGCGGACUGGGACCUGCGCGAGCGGACCUUCGAGAGCGAGUUCGACGUCACCUAUGUCACGGGGCGGGUCGUCGUCGAGCGCGAGAGCCACCGCCGGGCGCUCGAGGACCUGUCGGCCGAGGCCGCGAACCUCAAGGGCACGAAGCCGCCGGUCUACGGCUGGUACGAGGCCUGGCGCGACGCCGCGGGGAACGACACGUCCUUCGCCGGGCUCGAGACGUUCCUCGCGUCGCCCUCCGGGAACGCGUACCGCGAGGACGUCGUCCUCGGCGACGGCCUCGUCGACGCGAGCCGCCUCCGGACCGUCGCGAGCUUCCCCGAACAGACGCCGGCCCAGGUGCGGACCAUGGAGCGGUCGCGGCGCGCGGCGGCCGACGCGAGCGCCGGCGGCGUCAAGGCGCGCGCGUUCUCCGUGCAGUACCUGUGGCUCGAGCGCUUCGACGCCAUCGUCGACCUCACGACCGUGUCCCUCGGCGGCGCCGUCGCGGGCGUGCUCUGCGUCUGCGCGGCGACGGCGCUGGUCGCGCUCAUGAUCGUCCUCGUGAACCUGUCGAUCCUCGGCGUCAUGGCCCUCGGGCGGUUCCAGCUCAACGUGUCGUCGCUCCUGAACCUGAUCAUGGCCGUCGGCUUCUCCGACUUCUCCGCGCACAUCGCCUACGCGUGCGCCCACAACGUCCGCCGGGGGGACGACGUGGAGAGCGCGGUCCGGGGCGCGCUGGAGGAUCUGGGCGCGUCCGUGCUCAACGGCGGGCUGUCGACGCUCCUCGCGGUCACCGUGCUCGCGUUCAGCGACUACUACGCCUACUUCCAGAUGUUCAUCAUGUUCCUGGCCAUGCACCCGGCCCUCAUGAAGCGCAAGGCCCCCGACGCCAACAACACGCAACCGUCGACGGCGCCGAGCCCGCAGCAGCAGCGCGCGGCGAUCCUCGCGUCGCCGACCAAAGCUUCGCCGACGGCGAAGCGGUCGUGGUCCCAGCCGCUCGGCCCCCUCAGCAAGAAGCGCCCCCCGCCCCAGCCGCUCGCCGACAGCAACACGCUCAAGCGGCCCCGGCCCGCGUCGCCGUCGAGCUCGUCCGCGUCGUCGUUCGAGGGCGACGUCGUCGCCGAGGCGCGCGCCGUCGCCGCCGCCGCGGCCCCGGGCCCCCGGGCCCCGGCGGCCGCCGCCCGCGCCGCGAAGACCGCCGCGACGGCGGCCCGCGGCUCCGCGGGCGCCUGCUUCGUCCUCGCGUGCAAGUACGACGAGCCGAACAAGAACGGCGACUGCCCGGACCACCUGCGCCUCGACGCGCUCCAGGAGCUCUACCCGGGCCUCAAGGUCAUCGGCUGCUCCGAGUACGUGCCGCGCUCCGAGAAGCGCCGCUCCGCCGACGCGGAGAUCGUCGCGCAGAACGCGAAGCACGACACGCACGUCGCCGCGAACUUCAAGAAGAGCCUGCGCGACAUCAUCAAAAACACGGACCCCAAGGUGCUCAUGCUCGACUACUUCUGGCUCCAGCCGGGCUACUACGAGGAGCGCUACGGCAUGAACUGGCUCCAGUCGAAGAUCCGCGAGCUCUUCGUGAGCUACCGGUGCGAGGUGCUCCUCCUGCCCGUCGACAGCCGCGGCGCGGUGCGCCGCAUGCACGACGCGUCCUUCGACGACCGCCCGGCGGGCAUCGAGAUCGAGUUCGUCUCCGAGGCCGACGGCCUCAAGCACCACCCGCUGGUCCGCGCGACGCGCCACAUCGACGCGGACCUCCGCGCGCUCAGCGGCCGCGUCACGCACGCCAAGGGCCGCUGGCACGACAUGCAGAAGCUGCGCCUCGCGACGCCCGAGCCCUUCGUCGUCGCCUACCGCAGCGGCGUCGACUGGCGGGCCUACCUCGACGGCCUCUGCGCGCUCCCGCCCGCGCCCGAGCCCUCGCCCCUCGAGCUCCGGCCCCUCGCGCCGCCGCCGAAGCCCCGGUCGCCGCGCCGCCGGAGCAAGUCGCCGGCGCCGCCGGCCGCGCCCGCCGCCGCGCCGCCGGCGCCGCCGCCGCUCUUCGACGAGGACAGCGACGACGAGGACACGCCGCUCUCCGUGCUCCUCGCGCGCGCCGGGCCUUAA